GGCCGGCUGCAGCUCCUGUCGCCAGCUUCCUUUGCGUGAGCCGCGGGGUUCGUGUCGGCGCUCUCUGCCCUUCGCCCUUCGCCCUUCGCCUCGUCCCGGUCUCCCCGGCCCGUCCGUCAUGGUGCCGUCGGCGCGCCUGGCGAGGCCCCGCUGAGCCUCGGCCCGGCGGCUAGCGCGGCUCGGGGUCACCAUGCCUACCCGAGUGUGUUGCUGCUGUUCAGCUUUGCGUCCUCGCUACAAACGCCUGGUGGACAACAUAUUCCCUGAAGAUCCAAAAGAUGGCCUCGUUAAAGCUGAUAUGGAGAAAUUGACAUUUUAUGCUGUAUCUGCUCCAGAGAAACUGGAUCGAAUUGGUUCUUACCUGGCAGAAAGGUUGAGCAGGGAUGUUGUCAGACAUCGUUCUGGGUAUGUUUUAAUUGCUAUGGAGGCAUUGGACCAACUUCUUAUGGCCUGCCAUUCUCAAAGCAUCAAGCCAUUUGUAGAAAGCUUUCUUCAUAUGGUAGCAAAGCUGCUGGAAUCAGGGGAACCAAAGCUUCAAGUUCUUGGAACAAAUUCUUUUGUCAAAUUUGCAAAUAUUGAAGAAGACACACCGUCCUAUCAUAGACGUUAUGAUUUUUUUGUAUCUCGCUUCAGUGCCAUGUGUCACUCUUGUGAUAGUGAUCCAGAAACACGAACAGAAAUCCGAAUUGCUGGAAUCAGAGGUAUUCAAGGUGUGGUUCGCAAAACAGUUAAUGAUGAACUUCGGGCUACCAUUUGGGAACCCCAGCAUAUGGAUAAAAUUGUUCCAUCCCUGCUGUUUAACAUGCAAAAGAUAGAAGAGGUUGACAGUCGCAUAGGCCCUCCUCCUUCUCCUUCAGCAGCUGACAAAGAAGAGAACCCCGCCAUGCUGGCUGAAAACUGCUUCAGAGAACUGCUGGGCCGAGCGACUUUUGGGAACAUGAAUAAUGCUGUGAGACCAGUGUUUGCGCAUUUAGAUCAUCACAGACUAUGGGAUCCCAAUGAAUUUGCAGUUCACUGCUUUAAAGUUAUAAUGUAUUCCAUUCAGGCUCAGUAUUCUCACCAUGUGAUCCAGGAGAUUCUAGGACACCUUGAUGCUCGUAAAAAAGAUUCUCCACGAGUUCGAGCAGGAAUUAUUCAGGUUCUGUUAGAGGCUGUUGCCAUUGCUGCUAAAGGUUCCAUAGGACCCACAGUGCUGGAGGUCUUUAACACCCUAUUGAAACAUCUGCGUCUCAGUGUUGAAUUUGAAGCACAUGAUUUACAGGGAGAAUCUAUAAGCAGUGCCAACUUAAACACAAAUUCCAAAGACAGUGAUGAGAAGAUUGUGCAGAAUGCUAUCAUCCAAACAAUAGGAUUUUUUGGAAGUAACCUACCAGAUUAUCAGAGGUCAGAAAUCAUGAUGUUCAUUAUGGGGAAAGUACCUGUCUUUGGAACAUCCACCCAUACUUUGGAUAUCAGUCAACUAGGGGAUUUGGGAACCAGGCGGAUUCAGAUAAUGUUGCUGAGAUCUUUACUUAUGGUAACCUCUGGAUACAAAGCAAAGACAAUAGUUACUGCACUGCCGGGGUCUUUUCUGGAUCCUUUGUUAUCACCAUCCCUCAUGGAAGACUAUGAACUGAGACAGUUAGUCUUGGAAGUAAUGCAUAAUCUCAUGGAUCGCCAUGACAAUAGGGCAAAGCUUCGAGGGAUCAGAAUAAUACCAGAUGUGGCUGACCUAAAAAUAAAAAGAGAAAAGAUUUGUAGACAAGACACAAGUUUCAUGAAAAAGAAUGGGCAGCAACUAUAUCGGCACAUAUAUUUGGGCUGUAAAGAGGAAGACAAUGUUCAGAAAAACUAUGAGCUACUUUAUACUUCUCUUGCCCUUAUAACUAUUGAAUUGGCCAAUGAAGAAGUGGUUAUUGAUCUCAUUCGAUUAGCCAUUGCUUUACAGGACAGUGCAAUUAUCAAUGAGGAUAAUUUGUCAAUGUUCCAUCGUUGUGGAAUCAUGGCGCUGGUUGCUGCAUACCUUAACUUUGUAAGUCAGAUGAUAGCUGUCCCUGCGUUUUGCCAGCAUGUUAGCAAGGUUAUUGAAAUUCGAACUAUGGAAGCCCCUUAUUUUCUACCAGAGCAUAUUUUCAGAGAUAAGUGCAUGCUUCCAAAAUCUUUAGAGAAGCAUGACAAAAAUUUGUACUUUUUGACCAACAAGAUUGCAGAGUCACUAGGUGGCAGUGGCUAUAGUGUUGAGAGAUUGUCAGUACCGUACGUACCACAAGUAACAGAUGAAGAUCGACUUUCUAGAAGGAAAAGUAUUGUGGACACCGUAUCCAUUCAGGUGGAUAUCUUACCCAACAGCAAUCCUUCAGAUGAUGUGGUUAGUAACACUGAAGAAAUCACCUUUGAGGCGUUAAAGAAAGCAAUUGAUACCAGUGGAAUGGAAGAACAGGAAAAGGAAAAGAGACGUCUAGUGAUAGAGAAAUUCCAGAAAGCACCUUUUGAAGAAAUAGCAGCACAGUGUGAAUCCAAAGCAAAUUUCCUUCAUGACAGACUUGCUCAAAUAUUGGAACUCACCAUACGUAAUGAAGCACAUGACAGAGGGAGAGAAAAACUCCAGGUUCCGCCUAAGGAAAGAACCUCUGCAUAUUCUUAUAUUGACUUCAGUGUGGAGACUGGUCUGUGUAUAAUGUGGCACAGUAAAGGAGCCGUAGACAGAAAUUGUGCUUCUGAAAUUUUUUUUUACAUUGCCGUAUCUUUUAUAUUUUCAACUUGAUUAACUAAAUCUGUUUUGCUUCAAACCCUGUAUGUAUCCUUAUAAACAGAAUAAACAGGUAGAUGCUCGAGGUCAGUUGCUUUUUUUUUCCCCCAGCCUUUUUUCUGCCUUCAUACGCAAAGCAUGUUUUCAUCACUUUAACAUCUUAUUCUAGCCAUUUACCACCAAUACUGCCCCCCCCCGACUAAGUUGAGAAUCACUCAUUUAUAAAAGUUCAGAACAGAGAAUCAGACUAAAAUAUGCAAUAUACUCUAUACCUUAGAUUCAGAGAAAAUUGCUGGGUGUGGGCAUUUACGGACAACCUAAAAGUUGAGAGUUAAGUUUUAUUUGGGGACCUUGCUGAGGACUAUAGCCCGGGAGACAGCCUCUCUGGUAGCUCUGAGGAACUGCCCGGAAGAGGUAAGGGAGGAGCCAGGAAAUAUAGGAGUUUUUGGCUGGAAAAAACCAUGUAGUCAAACAUCAAAAGAUCACUGCUAAUCACAAAGAGCAGACAUCUGAGGUUGGUGAUUUUCGUGCUUUUCUAUGCAUGGGAAGGUGCAAGGAUCUGGGUUCAUUGAAAUUAUUCCUUAGACAUGCAUCUUAACUGUUUAGGGCCAGUAUCCAAAGAACAGGAUGCUCCCUGUUUUUCUCCAUCCUGAAUUCCCCUCAGGGCGCACCAUUGUAGGCGACUGCAGUGGCUGAUGGCUUGAUCUUGCAGAACUGGAAAGGCAGGCAACACUCCCUGUCCACAGCUUCUUUGAUGCCUGUUAAUUGUAACAGUAAAUAUCUGCUGCUUUAUAUUUGUUGUUUUUACUAAUCCUCCCCACAGUCCUGAAAAGUUAGGUAGAUCCUUUCCCCCCCACCCCAGGUAAAGACACUGAGGCUUAGAGAAGUAAAGUAACUAGCUGAAGUUUAUCCAGCUAGUGAGUGGAAAUAAUCAAAAUUCAAAUCCAUAACUCAUGUUCUUAAAAGAAAUGUUGCUAGAGACCACCAUGUUACAUUUAAUCACACUAUCAUAACUAUAUGGAUUUAAUAUUUUAGAAUAAGUAUUAUGACUAAUUCGGUUUCAUUGGUACUGCAACUACUAAUAAUAAUAUGUAUUUAUUAAGCCUUACUGCUAAUAGUUAUUUACUGAACACUUAUCGUGUUCUAGGCACUGUGCUAAGUGCAUUCUUUCAUUUAGUGUUUACAACAGAUUUUAAAAAGAUGUAGUGAUUAUUUUUACUUUACAAAUGUAGAAACAGAUGCACGUACAAGUUUGGUAAUUUAUCCAAGGUCACCUAGUUAGGAAGUAGUAGUUUUGGGUACCUUACAUGAUACAGAGAAAUGAAAUAGACUUCUUAGUGUACCUUCAGGGUUUUCAGUUUCUAUUUGAUAUAUUUCCUCUUGUUAAUUUGCCUCAUUCUAACUACCAGAUAGAGAAAAGAGUUUGUAUGCUUGAGAAAAGAAACAAAAUAAGCAAUAUUAUAUCUCAGUUUCCAUUGUUCCUUCAUUCACUUUGACCUUAGUACAAUAAGAAAAAAAUUACAAGGAAUGCAAAGGAGCAGGAAAAUACAGAAAAAGAAUAAGCAGCCCCACAGAUGAUUGAUCCAAUUAUUGGAAUUAGUAGACAAUGACCUUAAAAGAACACACACACAUAUCAAAGAAUUUAAAGGAAAAAAUAUGUAUAUUUUAGGAGAGAAAUGGAAAGUCUAAAAAAGAACCAAAUUGUAGUUCAAGAACUGAAUGUUAUGAUAUCUGAAAGAAAAAAAUGUCAUUGGAUGGGCUUAAUAGUAUAUUGGACAUUAUAGAAGAAUUCGCAUAUAUUGUUCAUAGGAGUAUAAAUUGGUACACUUGGCAAAACUUCGGCAGUGUCUUAUAAAGUUAAACAUAUACCUGCUCUUGAUCCUGUAAUCCCAUAUCUCAGUAUUUGCCCAGAGAAAUGAAAACUUAGAUUCACAAAAAGACAUGUACAUGAAUGUUUUAGCAGCUUUUUUCAUAAUUACCAGAUGCCCAUCAACAGGAGAAUGGAGAGAGAGUAGACAAAUAGUGGUACUCUUACAAUAGUGAAAUACUAUUCAGCAGUAAAAAGGAACACAUUUUGGGGGUAAAUUUUAAAAAAUGCAUUGAGCAAAAGAAAUCAAACAUAAACGAGUAUAGCUUGUAUGGACCAUUCCUAUAGGCUGUAUAGACCAUGUGAAAUUCAAGAACAAGUGACACUAACCUUCAGUGACAGGGAUCAGAACAUAGUUACUGUUGGAUGUGGGUGUAUGUGUACAGGUAUGUGGGAGUAGGGAGAAAUUGGUUGAGGACACAAAGGACCUUUUUUGAAUGAUGAAAGUGUCAGUAUCUUUAUCUAUGGUAGAGAUAAGAAUGAAGUAAUGAAUUGAGGGAAGAACAUUGGUAUCAUGUGACAAAAGAUCAGUCUCCGAAACUGAUAAAAGAAAAAUAGCUGAGUAGAAAUACAGGCAGUGGACUCAAACAGACAAUUCAUUUUAAAAGAAACGCAGAAUGGAUGCAAAUCUACAAAGGUAUAUAGCAUUAGUAGUAACCCGAAAUGUGAAAAUAAAAGAAAGAAUGAAUUCCCUUUUGCCUGCCAGAGUACCAAAGAUUAAAAUAACAAGAAAGAAUGAUUAUACCCAAUAUUUAUAAUGGUGUAAGAGGAUGGCUACACUCAGAUGUUGAAAGUAUGAAUUGCCAGUAUUAUGGCAAUGUGUACCAGUCUCAAAAAUGUAAAUACACUUCGAUGCAGAAAUUCUGUUUGUAAGAC